AUGGAAAACCUGCUACCUGAAGAUGUACUCACCAACAUCAUCCACCGUCUUGCACCACGCUACCUUGCCAUAUCCCGCUGCGUCUGCAAGACCUGGUGUACCAUCAUUGAUGCCCACAACCUGCUGCGUGUGGACCUCCUCCCACGGUCGGUGUGUGGAAUCUUCAUUAACUUUAAUGAGUUAAGCAUGUCAGAAUUCUUUUCCCGCCCCUCAAAAGGCCCAACGGUAUCUGGCAACUUUGACUAUUUGCCUCUCAGCUCCCGCAUCAUAGGCCACUGCAAUGGGCUUCUCUUGUUUCGCAAGUAUGUGGUUAAUCCAGCCACACGACAGUCGGCGCCACUGCCCCCAUGCCCAAGCCCAAAUAUGGUCGUAGAGCACUUUUUCCACAGGGAGUACCUUGUCUUCGACCCCACAUUGUCACCGCAUUAUGAGGUAUUCAUGAUCCCUGAGAUCCAACAACCCAAUGUGAGGUAUAACAUGUUGAAUUCAGAUGACAAGUUAGACCCUGCAAUAGAGGAAUUAGAAUGGCCACCGUCGUCUUGCAGCCUACAUGUGUUCUCAUCAAGGACAAAGGUGUGGGAGGAGAGGUCGUUUGUUCGAGAAGGGGAGGCUGCAGGGAAUGUUGCUGACAUGCGGUUGGAUCACCCAUAUGUUCCAGACACUUCUGUCUAUUGGCGGGGAGUACUUUAUGUAUAUUGCCAAAACAAGUUUGUUAUGAGAAUAUCAUUAUCCAAUGGGAAAUAUCAAGUAAUCAAGCCACCUUUAGAUUGUGAGGGGAUGGCAUACACAAAUCUUUAUUUGGGAAAAUCAGUGAAAGGGGUGUACUGUGCUGUGCAUCACUUGGCAUCCCAUUUUUCGAUCUAUAUUCUUGAUGAAUCGAGUGGCAAAAUGGAGUGGGUAUCCAAGGAUUCGUGUAGUAUUGAGGCAUGUCAAAUAAUUGACGGGCCUGGACCCUGGACUUUACAAGAUAUUAACAAUCAGGAGCAGGGAUUUGAGUAUGAAGAUGGUAACAAUGAGGCAGUGGUAGAGGACAGGUUUGAAUGGGACUCAGACAAUGAUAAUGUUAUUGAGACCAACAGCAGGGACAAGUAUAACUCUGGUGGUUAUAUUAAUUUUCUUGUUGACACCAAAAGGAGCAGCAGAUAUAACUCUGGUGGUUAUAUUGAUUUUCUUGGAUUUCACCCUUACAAGGAGGUUAUCUUCUUGAGUGAUACGUUGAGAAGAGGAUUGGCCUACCACUUAAAUAGCUCAAAGAUUCAAGACUUGGGCAACCUCCGUCCAACAAAUUAUGGAACAGAGGUGGGCAUUCAGCCAUUUAUACAAGAGUCUUUUCCAUACACACCUUGGAUGGGAUGGUUUCCAGAAGACAAUUAA